AUGGCUGCUUGUUCAAUCCUCUUCUUGAUCAUAGCGUUGUCCUUAUCGAGCAUCACUACAAGUCGUGCUGCUCGUAGCCUACUGCAACUUCCAAACUUGCCUACAGUACCGUCAUUACUUCAGCCAACAAUGCCACAGUUGCCUAAAAUUCCCAACUUGCCAACAGCAGCCACAUUGCCACCAUUGCCAACACUUCCAACAGCUACACCAUUGCCUUCUUUGCCGACUUUGCCCUCUGUACCAAAGAUGACUCUACCACCAAUGCCUGCCAAUAUUCCUAUUCCAAACAUGCCUUCACUUCCAACCAUUCCCACUAUUCCAACCAUUCCUACACUUUCACCUCCUCCAUCUAACUAG